AUGGCGGUAUUACUUACUUCUCAGAAGCCUAUUCUCGACGACAUGCGAAAACCGGACUUAGAGGUAUUGAUACAUCAUCUUGGCACCCGAUUAGCUAAUCUUAGAGUACAACCCACGUUGAUAGAAAGAAUUAAAGCAAAACAGAAUGAUGAUCCUCAAGCGAGAAAGAUUAGAGAAGGCGUCGAAGCCGAAAGGCGGGAGGGCUUCAGUAUUCAUGCCAAUGAGUCACCGAGAUUUCGUGGUCAACUUUGUGUCCCCGACGAUUCGGAAUUGAAAAAGGAGAUAUUGCGGGAAGCCCACAGCACCAGAUUUUCUAUUCAUCCAAGAAAUACUAAGAUGUAUAUAGACCCGAGAGAAAACUUCUGGUGGAUUAACAUGAAAAAAGAUGUCGUCAAAUUUGUCGACCAGUGUCUUGUUUGCCAGCAAGUAAAGAUUGAACAUCAAAAGCCAGGUGGACAGCUACACCCACUUGAGAUACCUAAAUGCAAAUUGGGUCUCUCACUUGAAGACAUGGCGAAACGGUACGUUAAUGAGAUAGUGAAACUUCAUGGGGUUCCAGUGAGCAUUGUUUUCGACAGGGAUCCACGGUUCGUGUCCAACUUUUGGAAGAGUAUUCAAAGAGCGUUGGGUACUAGACUUAACUUCAGUACAACAUUUCAUCCAUAG